GUGGGGGGAGUGAAAAAGCCCGGAGCCCGCUGGAGGUGGAGCCAGAUCCCCUCAGCUCAGCUGCUGCGCCUUGUCACAUUUCUGCACAAUAUGAUCGCCGCUCUCCUUGCUGUGGGAACAAUUUCUCUCUCUACAAACACGAAGCAGGCGGUGCAGCCGGGAGUCUGAGUGAGAGCGAAAGGAAGCCGCCGGGUUGCUGCACAGGAGAGGAGGGGACGGCGGUGGCUGGUGGUGGAGGGGGAAGCUGACAAGGAGUCCAGCCGCGGCGGAUCGGGCGCUAACGGGACAACCGAGCGGAACCCAGCCCGGAGGACGGACUGCAACUCCGCGGAAUCUUAACGCCUCUGUCCCGGAUCGGAUUUAUUCCUGCUCUGCUGUCUGGGAUUUAAUUGGGGUUCGCAGCGCUGACGGAGCCUUGUUUAAAUGUUGCUCCGACUCCGAUCGAGGCCGACCUGAGCGGACCGGACCGGACCGGACAGGACAGAUCCAUUUCUGCUGAACUUCCCUCGGUUCGGCUUGGUGUAUUCUCUGUGCUUUUUUUUUUCUUUCUUUCUUUCUUCCUUUUUCUUGGUGCUGCUCCGUCGGACACAAUGCGGACUGCUUUUUAAAAUCUCCUCAAACGAGGUUGAUGUCUUUUUUUUAAAUAUAUUUUUUAUUUUGCUGCUGUUGUUGCGGUUCCUGCAGGAAGAUGCCAGAUGUCCAGGUCGUCCCGCUGUGUUUGGAUCUAUCACUUUUCCCUCGAUCUUGAUGCCGUUUCCCCCCUCGCUCUUCCCUCCAUCUGAGCCCAUCUACCUCUGAGCACCGCUCCGUGUUUUCAGCGCCUCUCCCCGCCGCCGCCGCCUCUCUGCCGCGUAUGAUGUACGAGAGCGUGGACGUUGUGGGACUGAAUCCCAGCCCGAACCCGUUUUUAAUGAUGGAUUAUUACAACCAGAGCAGAGGAUGCUUGAUCACUGAGAAGGGGCUGGUGCCCGGGGCGCCCCAUCCUUACAGCACGUCCAUCAGGAACCAGCACUGGAACGGCUCCAAUCACUCAAUAGAGACCCAGAGCACCAGUUCAGAAGAGAUAGUGCCAAGCCCGCCCUCGCCUCCCCCGCCGCCCCGCGUCUACAAGCCCUGCUUUGUGUGCCAGGACAAGUCCUCAGGGUACCACUAUGGUGUCAGCGCCUGUGAAGGCUGCAAGGGAUUCUUUCGGAGAAGCAUCCAGAAGAACAUGGUGUACACUUGUCACCGGGAGAAGAACUGCAUCAUCAACAAAGUCACCCGCAAUCGCUGCCAGUACUGUCGGUUACAGAAGUGCCUGGAAGUUGGGAUGUCUAAGGAGUCGGUGAGGAACGACCGGAACAAGAAGAAGAAGGAUGAGAAGAAGCAGGAAUGCACGGAGAGCUACGUGUUGAGUCCCGACACGGAGCAGAUGAUCGACAGGGUUCGCAAGGCGCACCAGGAUACUUUCCCCUCUCUCUGCCAGCUGGGCAAAUACACUACGACUAACAGCUCAGAAAGGCGCGUGUCUUUGGACGUAGACCUGUGGGACAAGUUCAGCGAACUGUCCACCAAGUGCAUCAUAAAGACGGUGGAGUUCGCGAAGCAGCUGCCGGGCUUCACGACGCUCACCAUCGCCGACCAGAUCACUCUGCUCAAAGCCGCCUGUCUGGAUAUUCUGAUACUGCGCAUCUGUACACGUUACACACCAGAGCAAGACACCAUGACCUUCUCAGACGGCCUCACACUAAACCGAACCCAGAUGCACAACGCCGGCUUUGGUCCCCUCACUGACCUGGUGUUUGCCUUCGCCAACCAGCUCCUGCCUCUGGAGAUGGACGACGCAGAAACGGGGCUUCUUAGCGCCAUCUGCCUGCUGUGUGGAGAUCGGCAAGAUUUAGAAGAAGCAGACAAAGUGGACAUCCUGCAGGAGCCCCUGCUGGAGGCCCUGAAGAUUUAUGUACGGAAGAGGAGGCCCCACAAACCUCACAUGUUCCCCAAGAUGCUGAUGAAGAUUACUGAUCUGAGGAGCAUCAGUGCUAAAGGAGCGGAACGCGUCAUCACACUGAAGAUGGAGAUCCCUGGAUCCAUGCCGCCUCUCAUCCAGGAGAUGCUGGAGAACUCUGAGGGCCUGGAGAGCGGCGCCGCAGGCAGCAGGCCCAGCGCCGCCGCCCCAGGCAGCUGCAGCCCCAGCCUAUCCCCCAGCUCGGCCCAAAGCAGUCCAGCCACACAGUCACCGUAGAGACGGCCCCCUCGUUUUCAUCGUUUUUUUCUCUUCAUGUCGUCUCCCAACAGAAAGGAGGGGGGGAGGGGCAAAGGAAGGUGGGCUUCGAUCCUAACUGCUGAUCACAGGAGACUGGCGGAGACGCCUCCUUCUCUCCACCACACUCCAUCCUCCCACCACCCGACACAAGUCCACAUCUCCUGAUCUGCUUGCUGUCACUGUGGAACACUGCUCGGACAGGAGGGGGAAUGCACGGGGGGGUUGAGCCUGGGACGGACCGGACCGGACCAGACCAGACCGGACCGGGAUGGGACGAGAGAUGAACCCCGUAAACACCGACUCCUCCUCCUUUUCCUCCACCUUCCUCAGAGUCACAGACUUUAACAAGUUCGGAUGCAGGGACCUGUUCUGAAUGAGUGAGAGCAGCACAACGGGACGAAGACAUGGACAGGGACAGGGACAUGGACAUGGACGGAGACUGACUUGACAAACACCAGACACUUUGUUGUUGUUUCUCUGAGGCAGACUACAACGUUGAAGACCCCAGUCCUCAAAAGACUCUGGGUCUUUCCUCUGUUUUUUUUUUUUUUCUUUUGUGUUUCAUUUUCAAACAAAAAAACAACCAGAUUUUGUACAAAAGAUAUAUAAAUAUAUAUAGAAGAGUUAAGGAACUAUGGUGCUUGGCGUGUCCGGGAGCGAACGGCGGGCUGACACCAGGACGAGUUUACCGCGCUGAGAUUAGAACUUGUUGUACUCCUUCACUGUUUGAAUCUUUUUCAUACCUAUCAAAGAAUAAUGAGAGACGUUUCCGUUUCACGUUUGUAUAUUAUUCUUAAUAACAAGAUGAUAAACAACAAAAAAAAAAGACUUUGACAUUUCUCUGGAGUCGUACACAAACACAGAAACGUGCACAAGAAAACGAUGAAUAUCAGCUACUAUUCCAGGUUGGAUUUGUUUUCCCUUUAAUCUCUUUUUUUUCUGUUCUGUUUUCUUCCCUAGAGAAUGAAAAAAAAACUGAUUGUAUGAACUUGGUUGUAUGAUAUUGUCACAGGUCCUUUCAAGAAAUCAAAUUAAUGAAGAGUCAUUAUUAAGGUGUAUUUUAAGUGGCUUUGAGUUUGUGUAUAUAAGCUGUAUUCAUUUCUUUAAAACUAUGAAGAGUUUUAGGCCUCACAUGAUUUUUUUUUUUUUUUUUAAUUCCUCUUUUUGUGUUUUGUUCUAGUUUUUGUGAUUCAAGAAAAUACAUUUUUGAGCACAUUUUACUGAAGGAAGUUGUUUUCAUGCUUUGUGUCCUACUGGAGCGUGUUGGACGAGCCCUUCACCCGUCACUGUUCACACACUAUUUAAACAUCUGCCCCUUCCAUUCUACAGCUGUGUGUUUUCAUGGUGUGCAGAAUGAUAACUAGGCAUGGGCCGGUGUGAUGUUAUCACCGUCUGAGCUGAGAAAUGCCACCACAUCAAAGUGUUUACACAAAAACGUUGGUGUCAACAAGUCGAGAAAAAAAAAAUUUCUGGGGACAUUAAGAUGAAUAUGAUCACCUCCAUCUGCUUUAUCAGGAAUAAAAGUGCAUUUUUAACAA